AUGGAUGCGAAUCUCCGCAGCUUGCGUGAGAAACUGGGAGGUGAUGAGACAAAGAUCAGCGACUAUUUUCGUGACACAUUGGAGGAUCGCCACAUUCAUGGUGUAGAAAACAUGGCAGAAUCGGCUUCGUUCCCUCGGACCACCAAUGUGUGGCAACAGGAAAUUGACGAGAUUCCAAAUUCUACCAUCAUGAAGUCGUUCUUCCUCGCCGCCUUCGCAGCCACGCUCGCGCUCGCUCCCUACGUUGCCGCACACGGCUCUGUGCACAAGAUUGUCAUUGACGGCAAAGAGUACGACGGCCCCGCUGUUGGCAAAGGCCCUCUGAGCGGCAGUCCCAUCCGCGCCAUCAGCGAAGUCGAUCCCGUCAAGGGCGCGACCAACCCCAGCCUUUCUUGCGGACAGAACGCAUCUCUGGCCGACACGACUGCAUCCGCGAACCCGGGCAGUCAGCUCCAGCUCUUUUGGAUCAACGGCCAGGGAGGACCGUGGCCCCACAAUGCAGGCCCUAUCAUCAACUACAUGGCGUCUUGCGGCGGCAACGACUGCAGCCAGUUCGAUGCCUCCAAGGCUGAGUGGUUCAAGAUUGAGCAGUCCGGUGUCCAAUCCGACGGCACAUGGGAACAGGCUGCGCUCAUGCAAGGUCAACCCUUCAGCCUCACCCUGCCCGAGAACCUGAAGCCAGGAGGCUACCUCCUCCGCAACGAGAUCAUCUCCCUUCAGCUCGCCAUGUCAUCCGGAGGCUACGAGUCCUACCCGUCCUGCAGUCAGCUCCUGAUCGGCGGCAACGGUAACGGUGUCCCCGACGAGACGGUCCAGUUCCCUGGUGCUUACAGCGACAACGACCCUGGCCUCCUCGUUAACAUCUAUCCUCUUGCGGGCCCGUACGUCUUCCCUGGCGGUCCCAUCUCCAACCUGGCGUCCUCGGCCGCAAGCGGCAUGACCGGUGGCAGCAACAACACCUCGUCUGCUGGCGGUGGUGCUGGUUCCGCAUCCUCCGCUGCACCCUCUGCUGCUUCCUCAUCCGCGGCCAAGCCCUCCGCGACCGCCUCUCUCGCGUCCGCCCCUGCGUCUGCGUCGUCUCCCGCGUCGACCAAGACCUGUGGCUCGAAGAAGCGCAUGGCGAAGCGCCACAUCCGCCACGCCUCGCACUAAGCGUGCCUCCCCGCAUUUUCCUCCAUCUCCCCCUCCCGCCCUGUGUAACGACCUCUCACUUUCAUAUCGCUAUCUAUUGCGCAUGUCGCGCGGCACACUCGCACUGCGUGCGAGCGAGGCCCCCAUAAGUGGGCUGUGCCACACACGUACUUUACGGCUCUAACGACCCCGCCAUCACGCUGUGCUUGCAUAUUGCUGUAUCGCUUAGUCAUUAGGGCUGUCUGGUGUACCAUACUUACUCGUUCUUUGCUGUCGUUAUCAUAUGUUGCCGCUUGCGGCAUUGUGGAAUUGUCCUGCCUGGCGCUGUGCUUAUUGUGCUGUUUGUGUGGCGAUAAGUAACCGAGAUGAAGGU